CACAGGAAGUUAAUAGACGUCACGUCCGUCACCACCCCUCCGACGGUGGCCGAAGGGCUGCGGCAGCCGUAGUGAUGUUGCUUCCCCCUGCACUAUAUUCCCGCCUGGCCGGGGAGCCCGGGGCAGCUGAACCGCUGCCCGUGGAGCGCAACCCUGCGGCUGGGGAGGCACCCUUCCGAUAUGCGCCGCGUCCCGUGCGCUUCCCGCGGGAUCACGAAUUCUUCGAGGAUGGGGAUGUGCAGCGGCACCUGUACUUGCAGGACAUGCUCACGCAAGUGUCCGAGACGCCGGAAAAAUCCAUGGUGCCCGAGUUCACCUGUCAGGUGGCUGGCUGUUGCCAAGUGUUUGCCGCCAUAGAAGACUACCAGCACCACUACCACAUGAUGCAUGGAAACACCUGCUCCUUCUGCAACCGCGCCUUCCCCUCUGGGCAUUUGCUGGAUGUCCACAUCCUGGAAUGGCACGAUUCUCUAUUUCAGAUCCUGGCCCAGAGGCAAGACAUGUACCAGUGCUUGGUUGAAAGCUGCCCAGAGAAGUUCAAGACCAGCCAAGACCGGAAGGAUCACAUGGUGAGGCUACACCUGUACCCUGCGGAUUUCCGGUUUGAUAAGCCCAAGACAAACAGAGGCCCAGCCAUGCCAGCUGCUGCAGACACAGCAGCCAGAGCCCUGAGAGAUGACAGCGAUGCCAUGGAGAUCUGCUUGGAACCUGCUGCCCCACCUCCCUGCAGAAGGACCUACAGUCACAGAAUACCUUCUACUGUCUGUUUUGGCCAGGGUGCAGCCAGAGGGUUUAAAAGCACCAAGAAAAAAAACAAACACCACUGAUGGAUCCAGGCUAGGAAAGCCAGACAGACUUUCAGGGAGGGGUGUGCCAGGGCCUUGCUUCUGGAUCGAUGCCCUGAGCUGGACCCUUGCCACCUCCUUAUUUCCAUCUCUGGUCACUUGAAACAACCAGUGUGAAGAAACCCAGGAUCUGCAGAUUCCAGAAAUAACCAGAAACACUGAAGGAGGGAGGUGGAGAGACCACUUACCUGCUCUGCAGUACCUACUCUAAGAAUGUCACUAUGAGCACAUGUAAUAAAUUCUUUUUCACUGAUG